AUGGCGACCACCAUCUCUGGGAUCACCUCCGACCUCCAGUCCGCCGAUACUUUCAUCAACACCAGUGGUGGAGACCCGAUUUUAACCUGCCUCUAUUGCCAUCGCCCAUUCGCCUCACUCAUUGACCUGGUUGUUCACUGGCAUAUCCUUCACGCAUGCUCUGGGGGAGGAAGGAGUGAGGACUUGGAACGCAACGAUGGAUCUGCCGAGAAGCCCUACUAUAUGAGUACCAGUAUGAUGAAGGCUCUAGGAAAGGCACCGACUGGUGACCACUAG